GUGAUCAAACCAAUGUGAGUGAGGCUGCUUUGUUUUCCUGCUUGCCUCUGCUCUAGUCUCUGAAUGGCUCUGUUUUGUGCGCACAUGUGACCACUGAAGGCGCUUACUGGUAUUUAAACAUCAUCGAUUGGGUUCUGAAGUGGACAGCUCCCCACGCAGAUAUACGGCAGCAAAACCAAAACGCAAAAAGCUCGUUUGGCUUCUUGCUUUAGUCGCUUUGAAACCUUUUCUCCUUUUAAAAACGGAUUUUUAAAAUGUUUUAACCAGCUGCGCAUUAUUUUCAGCACCGAUAGACUCAUUUUGAGCCAGUGAGGAGGAAGGCAUCGUUCUCUCCGCGCUAACGGCAGUGAGGCGGAUGUUGGGGCACCUGUAGCUGAAUCAGGAUCGCAGUCUUUUUACAGCGGACGUUGGAUUGUUUCACAUCAGUUCGUAUCCGUCCUACCGGAGAGAAGCUCCGGGGGCGUUUGAUCUAAUAUCGGGGAGGCUCAAAGGUAACCUAAAGCCAUUUAGGAAAUGGAAGCAUUCAUUUCUAAGCUGUUCUUUGUGCCUGCUUGUGCUCAGGAGGAAACAUGGAUAGAGAGGAAAUUUCUCUGACUGGUGCGUUGAGUGGAUUUGUAGGACGCGCGGUGAGCUCUCGUGGAAACUAAACUGAGGGUGGGCACUGCACCACCGCUACCAAUAGCUCGCCAUUUCUCCCCAAGCUUCUUUUGUUUGUUAUUUCACAUUUUUUGACGAGGAUAUAGCUUUAUCUUAAAAUCAGUCAUGGGGAAAGAGGAGUGCAAAACAAUGCUGGACGCUUUGAACAAAGUCACAGCCUGUUACAGGCACCUUGUUAUCGCCCUGGGAAGCACAUCAGAUUCCCAGAACCUGCGAGAGGAGCUGAAGAAGACCCGUAAAAAGGCCCAGGAGCUGGCGGUGGCCAACAGGACUAAACUGACCUCACUGCUGAAAGACAAGACCAUCAGUACAGAUGACCGGGCUGAGUAUGAGCGCCUGUGGGUGCUGUUCUCUAGCAGCAUGGAGCUUCUGGAAGUGGACAUGAAAAGGUCCCUGGAGAUAGCGCAGGAUUUCCCUCUCAAGGUGCCGACGAGGCACCUUAUCCAAACGGGGAUGACCGGCAGCACCAGCACGGUGGCGGCUCGGGCCAUGAGCGUGCAGAAUAUGAAAUAUGAGGCGGACAGCAACAUCGACACAGCGGACCUCAAAGACCUGCAAACUGAGAUCACCCAAGUGAGCCAGAUGAUGGAGGAGAUGGAGAUGAAGGUACAAGUGGCGCCGUGGGCCGUCGUUGCCAAACAGGAAGCAGGCGCCGAGCUCAAGUCCAACAUGAGUGUAGGAAAUUCCUCCGUGGGCGUCAUCUCCAUCUGCGAAGAGGAGCCCAAAGAUGAUGAAGGUGGAGGCACCAGGGAAGGUGGUUUUGCGUCAGUCGGGGCUGUGAUUGUAUUCGUUGUCAUUAUUGCAGUGGCCCUGGUUCUGGGAUAUUUGGUCGUCAAUAUGUAACCACCUUACCGCCCAACCUGAUGGACAUCCAGCGCGUCUGCCCACAAGAGCGCCGCCAUGGAAAAGAACCGGCUGCUCCACGGGGAGAGAAAGAGAGGAAAGUGGGGGCACGAAGGGGUGAAAAACUGUUGGCACGCACAGUUAGUAAUUUCUCUGGGAUAGCCUAUGUGAAUGUAUUUGGCGAAGUUGAGGAAUCACUUGAUCAGAUGUACUAGGCAGUGUGUGUGUGUGUGUGUGUGUGAGAGAGAGAGAGAGAGCGAGAGAGAGAGAGAGGCAGAGAUUGGGGGAGAAUGGACAUGGGCCCUAAAAAGUAUUUUGAGGGGCAAUAGGUCAUGUAUUUUUGGAUGAGGGAAAACAAGUCAGAAAUUACGUGACAGUGUCUGGCCAUCAGGAUGAUAUAAACAACACGUAAUCCUAGUGGAUUAGGGAAAAAGCUCAAGCGUAAAUGUAGCCUGCGGUUAAGUAUUCCCAUUGACGUUCUGCUGAUUGAUGCUUUAAAUUGAUGUUUUCAAUCCAGGGUAGUAAGAUGUGUUGUUAAACACACAGGGGGCCCAUCUAGUCUCAAAAUUAGGUUUGUUCUAUAGGUCCGUGGAAAUUAAUACAACAGCCAGUACAGUUAAUCCAUGCUCUUACAAUCACACUAGUUGGAUGUGAUCAAAUCUGCACUGUUCUACACUCCUGUUAGCACAGUUUUAAUGCAUCAUAAUAAUCUGUACUGACAGAUUGUUGUAGACCUGCUUCAUAUUUCAUUGCAUAAAAUCUGUGUGUGCUUCAAGAGAGCCUUGGGACCUACAGUAAGAGAGUCCACCUCAUUUAAUAAUGCACCUGAUCACUGUAAGCCUGUUUUUUGUUCCUUUUCAGGGUUUUCUUGCAAAAAGUGUUGAAUGUAAACAUUGCAUCUUAUAGAAGGUUUGUACAUACAGUCUAUACUGCAGUGUCAGACAAU